AUGGCUCAAAUACGAGAGACAAUUGAAGCGCUUUGCACUGUCCUCAAUACUCACUGCCCCGGUAAGAUUUCUGCAGAGAGUUUUCGUUUGGCCAAGUUUGACAAAAAAGAAGCGACAGACUCAUUAUGGAUGACACUCCAUACAGUUCUCACCGCAGAAAGUUUAAAACCAAGUGAUCAACGCCAUCAUAAUGUUGCGAAGUUCUGUAAACAUGUGAUGUUCCACAAGGGCUAUCGAGUAAAUGAGUUCUUUCAGCUUCCAGAGGACAUGUCCUAUGGCAGCCGAGAAUUAAUGUUAGCCUUAGGUUGGCUGAUGGCAAAAGAAGAUGUUGUUACGAAAUUUAUAAACAAACUCAAACCUUUGAUUUUUGAAGAUCCUCCUGUAGACUUUUCAUUGUUUCAAAAAAUACCCUUGCCACUGGCACCUGAUCACUUAACAGAGAAACCAACGAAAAAGGACUGUGAUGCUGUUGAUGUUGCUGAUCGUUUGAUACUCAAGUACAAUAGAUUGGACUCUUCACUGAAAAACCUUCUGGCUUCAAGAAGUGAAUACACCAAAAUAGUUUGUAAGUUACACUCAAUUCCCAAAGCAGCAAAAUCCCACAGCUCAAGCCAUUUCUCAACACAAGAUGUUUAUUUUAUGCGGCAUCCACGGGAGAUGGAAAAAUAUCAGCAAAGGUUGGAGUGGUUUUGCAGUUAUGCUAAGGCUCUUGUUUCCUGGUCGGCAAAUGAGCUUACAUUCUGGAAAUGGAUGGAAAGUGUUUUGGAUGCAAAAAUACAGAAUGCUACUGAAAUGGAACAGGGAAUUGAAAACACUAACAGAUUUCCAGAUAAUCAGCUUUUUAAGCCUAGCAGUACUUUACAAAAGGCCAAAGAGCGCCAAGUUGAACUUUCCCAAAUCUUAAAUGCGCAAGAGCCAGUGUAUAGGAAGGUUUCCAAAAGAUGGAAGAAAAUCAAAGCAAGUCUUCAAUCUUCUGAAGAAGGACAUGAGAAACUAGCAGAAAUUUUAUCAUCACUUAAUAAAGAGCUUUUCGAAGAGUUUAAAGAGGUUCAGAAAUCCUCAACAUCUACCAGUAGUCAAGAUAAAUGUGAGAAUUUAAAAUCAAAGGAUUCUUCUCUUUGUUUUAAAAAGCUAACCCAAGGAGAUUUGAAAACAGGACAAGCAUCUAAAGAGGUUAUUAAAAAAUCAAUGGCAUCUGAGGAAAUUGAGAGAUUGAAACAAAGGAAACAAGUUUUAGAAAUGAAACUUAGGUCUUUGCAGGACUCUCAGAAGGCAAAACUGUUUGAGAUUUCUCAGGCUCACCCAAGCCUUGUUUGUAUCUCUCCUAAAAUGGGAAACACUUUGUGA